AUGAUGGUAAACAGAACUAGGAUUAACUCUACUCAUGGACUUGAUGCUUUUGGAGUAUCUCAGUUCCAGGAGGCUGUUGGUGUUUUCUUCAUGGUUAUGCUGAGUGUCAUUGCUUUGGUUGCCAACACAGCAGUUAUGGUUGUUAUUCUCAAAACACCUCUCCUGAGGAAAUUCAUCUUUGUCUGCCAUCUCUGCCUGGUAGAUCUGUUGUCAGCAAUUUUCAUCAUGCCCCUGGGGAUCAUCUCCAGUUCCACGUGCUUCAACAGAAUUUUGUACAGCAUCGCUGAGUGCCAAACACUGAUCUUCUUGAAUGUUUGCUUCAUCAGUGCUUCCAUCCUCACCAUCUCUGUGAUCAGCAUUGAACGAUACUACUACAUUGUCCAUCCUAUGAGAUAUGAAGUCAAAAUGACCACUGGGCUGGCCGUUACUGUGGUGGUGUUCAUUUGGAUUAAGUCUAUGCUGGUUGCUGCCCUGGCAUUAGUAGGCUGGCCCCAAGACAAUGGUGCAAGCAGCGCCAGUAAAUGCACUGUUAACUGGAGCCCUGGAGCCCACAAGAAGAUUUUUGUGAUAAUCUUCAGCCUUCUCUGCUUCAUAGUGCCCAGUUUAAUUAUCUUUGCUGUAUAUGGUAGCAUCUACAAAGUGGCCCGCAUUGCAUCCUUGCAGCACAUUCCUGUCCCAUCCUGGACAGCUGCACCCAGACAAAGGUCAGAGUCCAUCCAUAGUCAAGUCACCAUCAUCACGACCAGGAAUGUGCCUCCUAGGGUGUCCCCUGAACGCCUUUUUGGUGGCAAUAAAGCAGCCCUGACCUUGGUGCUAAUCGUAGGCCAGUUUUUCUGCUGCUGGCUUCCUUUUUUCUCCUUCCACCUCCACUGCUCCUUCCAUUCUUCCCCUUCGGUCCCAGAUUCCAUUGAAAUAGUUGUGACCUGGCUCGCCUAUUCUUCCUUUGCGAUCAACCCUUUCUUCUAUGGAUUGCUAAACCGUCAAAUCAGGGAAGAGUUGGCCAAGAUGGGACGACACUGCCUGAGCAAGCCUCUGAACCAGGACUUUUGUAUCUCCAGCCCAGAAGGCUCUAUUCAUGAGAACUUCCUCCAGUUCCUUCAAAGGACGAGUUGCACAUUUGAGAACCAUUCCAGCUAUGCUAAUUCCAGCCCCAGGAACACUUUGGACCAAACUACUUUGGGAUUCAGAAUCCCAGGACAAAUCCCAGAAGAAACCAACUGA